AUGUGCACAGCUGAGUGUAACAACAGCGAGGACACCAACAGCAGCAGUUAUCAGCUACAGCUGGUCAGCUCCAUGCCUAUGAGAAUUAUUGUAUCAAUGGGCAUAACUCAGUUCUUCGUGUGGCCUUUCAUAUACAUCAAUGUGCUCAUGCUUGUCACUUUCUCCAGGAAGCAGGCCUUCAGGACUGAGACACGCUACAUAUUGUUUGCCCACACCUUACUGGUUGAUUUGAUUUUUCUUUUGCUGACUGAUUUUGUGGUGCUCAUAUCCUACAGUGAUGUCCUGAUGCCCAUGGUGUUCUGCAUUCCCUUCUGUAUUCUCAUGGAGAUGGUCACCUUGUGUACACCGCUGACCAUCACUGCCAUGUGUGUAGAGCGCUACGUGGCCAUCUGUAUGCCUCUGAGACACAGUGCUCUCUCCACCUCCAGCAGGACCCAUACUGCCAUCCUCAUCAUCUGGAUUAUAAGUGCUGUAAAGCCACUGGUGGACGUGAUCAUCCUUGCCUCGACUGUCUCGCAAGCUUAUCUGUCACAGCUCACCUAUUGCUAUUAUGAAAUCUUGACUCCUGAGAAAUGGCACCGUUACAUGAGGGGCUUUCUGUGCAUCUUCAACUUCAUAAUAAUUUUACUUGUUGAAUUAUUUUGCUAUGUGAUGAUUAUGCUUGCUGCCCGAGCAGCCUCUGUUGAUGAGAAGUCUGCAGCUAAGGGGCUCCGUACUGUCUCAUUGCACAUGCUUCAGCUUACACUGUGUACAAUGGAGAUUAUCUGCCCCUAUAUUGAAGCCAUCGUCAUACAGCUAGAUAUCCAGGUAUAUCUGUCAGUCCGCUUUUUCAACUUUAUAACAUUCAACGUCAUCGCCAGGGCAGUCAGUCCACUUGUCUAUGGUAUAAGAGAUGAGAAAUUUUACACUGCCUUUGUAUACCACAUGCGAUGUGGACAAAAUCACAUAUCUUCUGAACAUAGACAAUCAAACCCAGCACAAAAGUGA